GCGCCGGCCGCCACACUCGGCCUCUGGGCGAUUUCCUGCGGCCGCCGCGCGACGAUGCAGACCUUCCUGCGGGGCAAGCGCGUGGGCUACUGGCUGAGCGAGAAGAAGAUCAAGAAGCUCAAUUUCCAGGCCUUCGCCGAGCUGUGCAGGAAGCGAGGAAUAGAAGUCGUGCAGCUGAACCUCAGCCGGCCGAUCGAGGAACAGGGUCCCCUGGACGUCAUCAUCCACAAGCUGACCGAUGUCAUCCUCGAAGCGGACCAGAAUGACAGCCAGUCCCUGGAGCUGGUGCACAGGUUCCAGGAAUACAUUGACGCCCACCCCGAGACUAUCGUCCUGGACCCCCUUCCUGCCAUCAGGACCCUGCUCGACCGCUCCAAGUCCUACGAGCUCAUCCGGAAGAUCGAGGCCUACAUGAAAGAUGACAGGAUCUGCUCACCGCCCUUCAUGGAGCUCACGAGUCUGUGCGGAGAGGACACCAUGAGACUCCUGGAGAAGAAUGGCCUGGCCUUCCCCUUCAUUUGCAAAACCAGAGUGGCUCAUGGCACCAACUCCCACGAGAUGGCCAUCGUGUUCAACCAGGAGGGCCUGAGCGCCAUCCAGCCGCCCUGCGUGGUCCAGAAUUUCAUCAACCACAACGCCGUCUUGUACAAGGUGUUUGUGGUGGGCGAGUCCUACACCGUGGUCCAAAGGCCUUCGCUGAAGAACUUCUCCGCGGGCAUGUCAGGCUCCUCCCCAGGACCGUCUCUCGUGCCCCCCGUCUGGACUGGCUCUGGUCGGAGCAGCGGGAGGACUGUCGGGCACACCAGGGCGGCCAGGGGCCUGUGUGCCCCGCUAGCGGGAAGGAUGCCAGACCGGGAGUCCAUCUUCUUCAACAGCCACAACGUGUCCAAGCCGGAGUCGUCCUCCGUCCUGACCGCGCUGGACAAGAUCGAGGGCGUGUUCGAGCGGCCGAGCGACGAGGUCAUCCGGGAGCUGUCUCGGGCCCUGCGGCAGGCGCUGGGCGUCUCCCUCUUUGGGAUCGACAUCAUCAUCAACAACCAGACGGGGCAGCAUGCCGUCAUCGACGUCAACGCCUUCCCAGGCUACGAGGGUGUGAGUGAGUUCUUCACCGACCUCCUGAACCACAUCGCCACCAUCCUGCAGGCCCAGAGCGCGGCCACGGCGGCCCCGGGGGACGCGGCCCCGCAGAGGCACAGCAGGCUCCUGGCGGAGCAGGCGGGCAGCCUGGCAGCGGAGCGGACGUGCAGCGCCAGCCCCGGCUGCUGCAGCAGCAUGAUGGGCCAGGACCCGCCCUGGGCGGCGGAGGCCGACGCCGGCAGCGUGGGCGCGGGCAGCACCGCCAAGCUGCCCCACCAGAGACUCGGCUGCACCGCCGCCGUGUCGCCCAGCUUCCAGCAGCACUGCGUGGCCUCGCUGACCACCAAGGCCUCGUCCCAGUAGCCACGGAGCCCAGGACCCAGAGGGGCAGGUCGGCCUCGGAGCACCCACGUGGGGCAGCGGCUCCCCGCGGUGACGCUUCUACUAAGAAUUCCCAAUGAUCUGAUUCUUUUUUUUUUUUUUAACCUGAUUUUCUGAUGUCAUGACCUGAAGGGGGUGGGUAGGGAGGGGGAGAUGGGAAAGAACCCCAGGUGGUCCAGCCUCGUGGAGAAGGGGCCGCCCACCUAACGCCUGCUGUGCAGAUCUCUUCACUGGGUUUACACACGCUGUGUUUCCAACACUAGGCCUGAAUGUGGGGGUGUGUGAUUGGUGUGUGUGUGCAUGUGUGCGCCUGUGCGUGUGUCUGUGGGGGUGUGUGCGCGUGUGUGCACACGCGCUUGCACCACGACUGUUUGUCCUGAUGGCUGCUGUGGACCAGGCCUCGGGGACCCUGGAGGUGCUGCCCGUGUUCAGGCCGUCGCUGACCGGAGCACGUGACCGCGCCGGUCUCCUGUCCAGCCCCCCCCCCGGGGCCCCUGUGACAUCUGCAGCUUGGCGAGUGUCCCGCAUGGGAGACUGGGCUGUGGUCACCCGCUGCCACUCUCGACAGGGAAGACGGAAGCUUCCUGGGGGGGGAGGCCACGCCCCGGGGUGGCCGCCUCGCUUCACAUCCAGCUCUCUGGAGUCCACGUGUCCGAGCAGCCUGCCCAAGUGCGCCGCUGCCUGGGGCUUGGGGUGAGGCUGCCUGGCCGGGAGCCCCAGACCGGUCCCGCCUGUGCCAAGGAUUUGUGCCGAGACUGAGCGAAGCAUUCCGAGAGUUGCUGGCUGCGUGUCCUGUGUCUGAGGGGGCUCUCGAGACCAGAGGACCCCGAGGAGCGUGCGACACCCUCCCCCCCAUGCCACGGCCUUCCUGUCCUCGGAGUGGCCUAGACGAGAUGCCCCUUGGCAUCUGGGCAAUGUGGGCCCUCUUCCUGGGCGGGAGGAGGCUCCCCAUACACAUCACUCCCGUGCACACCUGCCCGAUCACCCUUCCCCACAGGCGCCAUCCACCGCUCUGUAUUCACUGCGGGCCCCGCACACCGGGCUGGCGGGGUGUGCAGCCAGGUGCCAGGGGCUGUCGCCCAGAGGUGAGAAAAUGUAUCCCGCCUCUCUCCACCCGCUGGACCCCUCCCCAGUGACAGCAGACGGACCACUGGUCAGUGGGUCAGAGGCCACGGUCCAGCUGGCAGCCGCCUCUGCAGAGAAGUGGGCGAUGGGCAGCUCUGCCAAGGGUGGACGAUGAACGCUGGGCAGGGGCAUCGGACCCCGCGUGGUUUUGUGUCUUAAGGUUCAGUUCACUUUGAACUGAGCGGCCUGCCCCGCUCCUGGAAAGGGUGGUCCGAGAGAGGCUGCUGAGCUGGGCCCCCGGAGGUGCCUUCUGGCCGGUGUCAGCCCGCCCACUGCCGGGGAGGUGGUGACCGCCGUGGGGCCAGGCUGGGGCCGAGGCGGGCUUCGUCCGGACUGGCCAGCUGUCCCGAGAACAGAGGGCCCGCUCGCUAACCGCGUUUACACGACCCGAGUGUUGAACCCCAAUUAAAAUACCUGUACAUCCUUGCCCGGCCCGGCCCCGAGCCCCAGGGAAGCGGGGACGCGUGGCCCCUUGCACUGCUUUGUCUCCAAAAUAAACUACUGAAAUCAAACCGCAUUUCACACGUGUUUACGCAACGUUGCUAAAAGAAAGUGUUCUAAUAAAACAGCUUUGCCAUUUUGAAUAAAAUUCCAAUCACAGGCUCCU